AUGAGGUCCCAGCACCUCCACCACUCCGCCGCCCCUGGCGUCCUGGCCUCGGGCAAGCUGCUGCUGCUGCUGCCGCUACUGAUGGCGCAACUCCGGGCCGCCGUGGCGCUGCUCCCGGGGAACGACACGGGCGCGGACCGCGCGGCCCCCGGCGCCCCGUGCCCGCGCCGCUCGCAGCCCUGGCAGGUGUCGCUCUUCAGCGGGCUCUCCUUCCACUGCGCCGGCGUCCUGGUGGACCCGAGCUGGGUGCUCACGGCCGCGCACUGCGGGGACAAGAAGUCACUGUGGGCUCGGGUCGGGGACGACCACCUGCUGCUCCUCCAAGGCGAGCAGCUGCGCCGGACCACUCGCGCCAUCGUGCACCCCAGCUACCGCGGGGGCGUGCGCCCCAUCCUGCCCAGGCGCACGGACGAGCACGACCUCAUGCUGCUGAAGCUGGCUCGGCCCGCCGUGCCAGGACCGGCCGUGCAGCCCCUGCGGCUGCCCUACCGCUGUGCAGAGCCGGGGGACCAGUGCCAGGUGGCGGGCUGGGGGACCACGGCCAGCCGCAGAGUGAAGUACAACAAGGGCCUGAGUUGCUCCCAGGUCACUCUCCUGAGCCCCCAGCAGUGUGAGGUCUUCUACCCUGGCGUGGUCACCUCCAACAUGCUGUGUGCCGGCCUGCAGCGCGGCCAGGACCCUUGCCAGAGUGACUCUGGGGGGCCCCUGGUGUGUGAUGAGACCCUGCAGGGCAUCCUGUCCUGGGGCGUCUACCCCUGCGGCUCUGCCCAGCACCCGGCUGUCUACACUCAGAUCUGCAGAUAUGUCUCCUGGAUCAGGAAAACCAUCCUCUCCAACUGA